AUGGAACAAAGUAUUAUAUCAAUCUUAUUUAUUAAAAUUUCUGCGUAUAUCCUGUUAACUUGGAUAUGUCAUUUUGACAAUGAUUACAUGUUCAGAACGUCGUUAGAUAACUAUAAACUAGAUAUAAAAUUAGUUAGAAGACAAUAUAGAAUAUUAGUAAAAUAUAAACAGAAUAAAUAUUCAAAGUUUGCAGAUUUAAAAGAAGAUAUGUCAAAUAAAGUAAAGUACGAAAAAAAAGAUUCAUAUGAUAAAGAAAAUGUGUUAAAAAGUAAAAACAGAAAAUUUAAUAAAGGUCUAUUAAAUAAAGCGCAAUAUUAUACAGAAUUCAUUGAUUAUAGAAAUGGAAUGUUUGAUGGAAAACAUUUCCAUUUUGAAAAAAAAUGGAUAAAAAAAAAAGAUUAUGAUGAUUACAUUGAAAAAAACAAGAGAAUUGGUGAUAUAGCACUAAAAAAAAUAAAAUUUAGAAAAUGUAGAUAUGGAAUUGCUAUGCUUUUUUUUUUUUUCCUUUUGGGUAUAGGAUUAUCUAUAUCAUGUAAAUUCGAGAAGACGUCUGGAGGUGCAACCAAUAGUGGAAUAGAUCAUCAGAUUUUACAAUUCCUUAAAGGAAUAUUAGGUUUAAAUAAUGAAGGACAUGUUUAUAUAUUAUUAUUUGCAGUAACUUUCAUUAUGUUAUCAAUCUUAAUUAUAAUAGCUAUUUAUAAGAUCUUAAGAAAUAAUGAAAAAUAUCAAAUAUUUAAGUUGAUAACAGAGUAA